UCUGAGUCGCAAAUCCCACACACUAUGUUCAGGUGACGGAUACGGAUACGGAAUCGUCGGAGUGCGCGGCCUUUUAAAGCUGAAAAUGAAACUGAAUCGGAAUUUCUUUUCGCGUAUUCGUUCGCAUUCUUCCCGCUUUCGAGUGCCAAAUAUUUGAGGAAAAAAAAUACAAAAAGUGGAAAGAAAUAUAAAUUUUAGCGCACUGCUUGGAUUGUUUUUGGUGAUACAAAAUCCUAGGGGAAAAUAAUAAUAUUUAUAACACACUUCAGUUAUAUCUGUGAAUUCGUUUAUUUCCGUUGGCCAUGUGCAAAAAUUAAGUUGGCUGACGUAAAAGAGUUGGGAGACGAUAGUAAAAUUUAACUGAUAAGGUUUCGUCUUAUCAAUUCUCUUUGUGUGUGUUUGUGUUGAUAGUGCAACAAAAAGAAGAAAAAUAAAGAAAUCAGGCUGCAAAAAAAACAAUAAGGUUCUGCUAGAAGCUGCGAAGUGGAAACAAAGCGCAAUAAGUUGGAAGGAAAUCAGCCAUUUGAAUCAUCGGAAUAUUCCAUUUAGCCGGCAUGGAGGCGCACGUCUGAGCGCAUUUAAAAAGUGAAACUCGUUCCCAGGAAGUGAGCAAUUGAGUGAGAAGGAUGGCAUCGCUCCACCAAAAGCGUCCCAGCAUUAGUAACUGGUUCUCCUCGCUCCGCCGACAGCCGAAAAACAAGAAGAGCUCCGUCGGCUUGGGAGGCAGUGGAAGUUUUGGCAGCAAACAGCAGUUGCAGAGGAGCUGCUUUGACCUUUCCUCGACGGCGGUGGGUGGCGCAGUGAAUGUUGGCGUGGGUGUGGGAUAUUCCGGGGCCGGAUCGCCGGGAAGUCGACUAAGCAAUAGUACGUUUUACAUCAACCCUCUGAACGCAUCGUCCGCUGGUGUCAAGGACGAUCGUCGCCGUCUGGUGGAUACGGGUAGCAGUAGCGGAAGUAGCUUGAGCAGCGUUUGCACUCGCUGCUUUUGCAAUCUGCUCGCGAAAUCCGAGCCAAGCAAAGAUUCCAAGCCCCAGGCCACGCCCACGUUUGCCCCAAAGGUCACGCAGAAGCCGCCCGCCAAACCGCGGUCCCCUUCGCUGGCGCCUUACACCAGCGUGGCCACAUACAACAUUACAAACCUCUCGCCAGACAGCCCACCGCCCGCCAGUCCCUCAUUCAGCACCGAAACCGUGAGCUGUAGCGAUGUGACCCACAAGGUCACUGAGGUGCAACGCCUGCCCAGCGAUGAGCCCAACACGGAGCUCUUCAGCAAACGAACUGAGUACAAGCACACCACCACCACAACGACCACAAGGACCCUGAUUGUUUCGCGACCCGUGGAACUGCUAUUGAAUGAGAAGGGAGAAAUCAUUGCAAGGCGGUCGCCGCGAAAAACGCGCUCCAACUCCUUCGGUUGUAUGCUGGAUGUGGACAGUGAAUCGGAAAGGGGAAUGGACAAUCCCGGAAUGCAGCUGGAAACGGAUCCCAGUUCGGGGCUCAGUUCGCCGCUGACACCCGACGCCGGGGAUCUGCGCUUCAUCGACGACAGCUCCAAUUCGCAGAGCGAUUCCGAGCGAAACUCGAUCAGCCAACACAACAACAACAACAACAAUGUGAACCACAAUAACAACAACAGCAAUGGCAGCAGCAAGCGGAGCAGCCAGCAGUCGAAUCUCUGCGAGAGUUGUCGCACGCUUCUCGAGCGGAACCGCAGCAAUGCGGAGCAGUGUGGCAAUCUAGUGAUCCUCAGGCGACCGGGAAAGCAAAUCAAAGAUGAAUUGUGCGAGGUCGUCUCAGAAAUGGAGGCGCUCGAUGUGCCCGAAGACUGCAAGCAUUCCAAUAAGGAUAAACAGAUGUCCAUUGGCCGCAAAAAGUUCAAUAUGGACCCGAAAAAAGGCAUUGAGUAUCUCGUAGAGAACAGACUGCUGCGUCACGAUCCCCAGGAUGUGGCGCAUUUCCUCUACAAGGGCGAGGGACUAAAUAAAACGGCCAUUGGCGAUUACCUUGGCGAAAAGAACGAUUUUAAUGAGGAUGUGCUUAAGUCCUUUGUGGCACUCCACGAUUUCACAAAUCUCAUUCUGGUGCAAGCCCUCAGACAAUUUCUGUGGUCGUUUCGCUUGCCCGGCGAGGCACAAAAGAUCGAUCGUAUGAUGGAAACCUUCGCCCAGCGCUAUUGCCAACUGAAUCCGGACAUAUUUACCAACACGGAUACCUGCUAUGUGCUCAGCUUCGCUAUUAUAAUGCUCAAUACAUCACUGCACAAUCCAUCAGUCAAAGACAAACCCACCGUUGAGCAAUUCAUAUCGAUGAAUCGUGGCAUAAACAACGGCGGAGAUUUGCCCCGAGGCCUGCUGGAGUCCCUCUACGAGUCCAUUCGAACGGAGCCAUUCAAAAUACCCCAGGACGAUGGCAAUGAUCUGAUGCACACCUUCUUCAAUCCCGACAAGGAGGGCUGGCUGUGGAAGCAAGGCGGCAGAUACAAAUCUUGGAAACGACGUUGGUUCAUUUUGAACGACAAUUGCCUUUACUAUUUUGAAUACACCACCGAUAAGGAGCCGCGCGGCAUUAUACCAUUGGAGAACAUAUCGGUGCGCGAGAUUCACGAUCGCAGCAAACCGCACUGCUUUGAGCUGUUCGCCACGGGCGGUGCCGACAUCAUCAAGGCAUGCAAGACUGACUCCGAGGGCAAGGUGGUGGAGGGCAAGCAUACGGUGUACCGCAUGUCGGCUGCCACAGAGGAAGACCAGCAGGAGUGGAUCAAGCGCCUGACGCAGUCCAUAAGCCACAAUCCCUUCUACGACAUCCUAGUACAAAGAAAGAAAAAGGCGCUCAGCAAGAGUUAAUAUUAAGACGGAGCUCGGCGCAACUUUUGUCUUGGAUCUCAGUGAAAUUCUGCUACGCGUGUGUGGCUGCUCUCUCCCCCUAUUUAAACUAUUUAAACAUGUGCAUAUGCGUAUACAUAAGUUAUAUAAAUUAAUCGUUGUGUGCGUGUGAGAACUUCCAUGUUGAAUCAAUGCCUGUAAUUCGAUCACCUUGUGGUUUGCCCCUGUCCCCAAUUAUGUAUUAAGUAUUCUGUUUGAUUGACUCGAAACAAGCCUUCACACGCCGACGCACUUCGAACCACAAACUUUGUCUCUAUUGUUGUGAUAUAAUUUAUUUACAUUAAUAAUUAACAAUAUAAAUGAUAUGAAAAUAACUGAAAAUUGCAUCAAUAAGAAAUACACAUUUACACAUAUUUUCAUUAGUGCAAAUUUUUAUUUAGUAUCAUUAUAGGCGUAAGUCUACGAGUAUGUCUUCAAAUUAGAGUUUACCACCUAAGUUGUCCCACCAUCCUCUUUUGUAGAAUUCCUUAGUGCUAUGAAACAUAUCCCAGGCGCCAAACGCUGUUGGAGCGCUGUAGUUUAUAUAUAUGAAUAUUUGAUGCAAAUGAAAACAGCAUAAAAGUGUUGCUUUGCAAUUAUUCUGAAACCAAUUACAUUAAUUUGGUGCAAACUAGAAAAGGCCUUUCUCAGAACUUAAA